AUGAACUCAGUUAGUUUUGGCUACAUCCCAAGGCAGCAAAAAUCUUCAUCAAAGCUGAAGCCAAGAUCCAAAAUAAAUUCUUUAUCCCCUGCGCCGAUCUCAGUAACCCCAAAACGAAAAUUAUCACCUCUUAGCAGAGAACAAGAAAUUAGGGUAGAUCUCCUGUUGAAGCAUAAUUUUCAACUCCUCAAAGUUCUGCGUGAGGAAUCGCGAAAACUGAGAAAUAAAACAUACAUACCGACUCCUUAUGACCGCAUGAUGGAGCGGUGCAUUCAAAACAUGAGAAACUCCCGGACCGGGAACAUGGAUUUAAAAUAUUAUCCUCAACCGAAUCCAAGACCAUUUGUUAAAAAAGGGCAUCAUUACGCAAUCGUAAGAUAUAAUUAGACAGCUGCUUUAGCUUCCAAAAAGUGACUAGAAAAGCGACACAUGAGCAACUCCAGUUCUACUCCUAAGUCACAAGCAGAGACCCCUCUAAAACGGAGGGAUCUGAGCCCAAAAGCUUAA